AUGGCCGAGCGUCGCCGUGGCGGUACGGGAGAUGGCGCGAAAAGCGCGGACGGGCAGAAAGAGCUUUCUGUCAUUGUGCCCACGUACAAUGAGACAGAGAACAUCCGGCCGCUGGCAGAGCGACUCUUCAAGGCGACCAAGGAGGCUGGCUUGACGGUCGAGAUGCUCAUCGUCGACGAUGAGAGCGCCGGUUCGGAGGAGACGGUGAAGAUUGCCAAGGCCUUGACGGGAGAAGGCCUUCCAGUGCGGAUUCACUGCCGCAAGAGAUCCGAGGGCAGGGGGCUCAGCAGCGCCGUUCUGCUCGGCUUCAGCAUGGCCAAGUAUCCGGUCCUUCUCUGCAUGGAUGCAGACCUCCAGCACGAGCCGGAGAGUGUCCCUGCCGUGGCCCAGCCGGUCAUGGAAGGCACUGCAGAGUUUGCCAUUGGCUCUCGACAUGUCGAGGGCGGCGGAGUGGGCUUCGAGUGGUCGCCGCUGCGGAGAGUGGAUGCCCCGGAGUCGAAGAACGACGGUUGGUACAAGGACGGUGUAAUUGGGCAUGAGCAGCACAAGUCACCUUCAAAGAAUGCAUGCGACUCAUCAAAGAGCCACAAUGCCGUCUCUCUUGAUGUGAGUCGAGUUGUGCUCACGCAUGGCACAGACGUGGAAUGCAGAAAGUGGAUAUCUACAAGUGGGAAGGUUUUUGGGCGCAAUGAACAUCGAAACUUGGCUGUGGAGGCGCUCAAAAGGAAGGUUAUCUGGACCAUGGCGCACGGCCCGUGUGGCCCAUGCUGUCCUAAAUAUAGCAAGGCUUGCGUCAACAUCGCCCUGGACCACCUUCGAACAGUGGCAGAACCGUCACAAUGGAAGGUUCUGCGACAUGUUGAUGACGAUUGGUACAAGAAGUCCAGCCGUCAUGUUUUCUACACGUUGCUCUUGACACACUUGCCUGAGCCAUAUGGCUGGAGAAUGGUCCAGCCAACAGAUGAGAUGCAACUCUCGAUAGACGCGCAUGGCUUUAAAAUGAGACAGAGGGCUGGUGACACUCCUCGUCAACACUGCCAUGUUGCCAUAGCCGUGGACGAAUUGGACCUGAUCGUUAGGGGCAGAUGCUCUGUUUCUCGCACUGGCCUGCCUGCUUCCGUGAAUGACUUGACGCUGCUUGCAGUGGGCCGUCAGUACUAUACUGAUUGCAAAUGCGACGAGGAUUGGGAUCGACAACCUUGCUGUCGGCAGCACUGUGAUGAUCUCUUCGAGCCAUCUGCCGAUGUCCAGCUGGAGGCGGAUUCAGAGAACGAGGCGGACUUGCUGGCCAUCAAAGUUUUCUGCAAGGACAGGCAUGUCGGCCAUAUUGCCUGGUUUGACUGCCUUCUCGUCCACCUCCUGUGGAAAAUUCUUGAUGGACAUCGAGUGGGGGAAAAGGAAAAGGAGAUAAGGUUAUGUGACGACGAAACCCCCACAAAGCUUCAGAAGUUCAGGAUCGAAUCAGCGUGUUUUUUGCGUUUCCUUGAUUGGACUCUUGAGAACCGGGACUAUGUGGUCCCUCGAGCUCCUGAGAAAAAAUUUGACGCCAAAGUUGAAAGAGAAGCGCGCGAGCAAUAUGCGGUCCCUCCGGCAUGUUUGAGCAUACCCCUCUCAACCUGGGAUGGACGAGAUUGCCGCCCUGGUGGGCUCCGGCCCAGGGAGGGGUACACGGAGAGCCCAGAUAAGAAGCGCAAGAUUGGUGACGUCGGGCGCCGGCGCAGGGUGGAUUGCUGGCAGGACGUGCGCAUGUUGCCUUGCUGGGAGAGCAUAUGUACGUCAGAUGCCAAGCUACGAUCGCCCUCGGAGGUCUCGGAGGCUGCGCCGAAGAGCGGCGGCCGAAAUGCUGGGCGUCAGCCAGGAUGCGCGGUGACGCCGCAGAUGCUUCUGGAACUCUUGCAUCUUAGCUUGCGGUCUGCGCCGGGAGUCUACGGCGCGGCCAUCGCUUUCGAGCCGGACUCAUUUCCUUGGCGUCCGGGCGCCAACAACGAGACUGGAAGCAUAGAACCAGACUCCUCCCUGCUGGCUGGGGGGGUCUACUCCGCUGCAGGAGCCUCCUAUUGGCGGAACAUGACAGAGCCCUUCACGCUGCCCAAGACGAAGCUUUGGGAGGGGCGCGAGGCCGUGCUCUAUGCCCCAUACGUGGCGCGUGGGCCCACCGACCCGCAUAAGCUGGAGCCGCCCUAUGAGGUCGUCAUGGAUCUGGCAGACAGCUACAACUUCUUCGACCCCACCCAGGAAUGGUACCAUAAAGCGCGGACGCUGUUCAUCAAUGAGGAGUUGCCUUUUUUGGUUGGUUACUGGGGCCAGCCGUACAACGACGCCGGUGCCGGCGGCAUUGAAAUGGUCACCUUCUCCGUUCCGUUCACGCGUCAGACGCCAGUUCCUUCCAUGGGACCGCCGCCGCCAAACGUCACCGCGCCCUAUGGCUGGCCAGAGAAUCGGCCUAUCGUGACGGCGGAAUCCGGCACGAGGUACUUCUGGGGCAUCGCCACCGUGGACAUCGAUAUGUCAGUACUGGACUUCAGCUGUGAUCCAGGGAAGGAGUUCUCUUCCGAAGUUGGCGAUUGCGUGAUCUGUGAGGGCUGGCGGGCUUACACCAACUCCUCCGGCAUGUGCGACAUAUGCCGAGAGUUCGAGGUCCCCACCGAUUCGCUGACCAGCUGCACGCUCAAUAUGUAUUACGCCAUUUCCGCCAUCGUCUUCCACAUCAUGGCUUUUCUCCUCGUCGUGCCAGCAAUGAUGAGGCUACGGAGGCCUCUCUACAUCCUCCAAGCUCGCAGCAGCGAGAAGGGUCUGGUUCUCUACUUGUGCAACAAGCACUUUCUGAGCAAGUCCUCUCUGUUCAAGAUGUCCGUCGUCGACAUGCCUUACGUUCAAGUGCACGGAUCCGGCUGGCCAGCGCUGGAUACCCCGCAGGCUCCCCUGCGCUUUCGGGUGGCCGGGGAAGCCCAGAUCGAAGUCUUCUCCUCAGAUGGUGCCCACUUGGAAGUGCCGGCAUCGCAGGUUUUUCAGGGCUACGCCCGCAUCGGCCUUCGAUACGAGCUGCUUCACAUAACCAUGAUCUUGCGUGUCCCUUUGGUGGCCUGGCUUUUGGCGCAAUUCUUGGCCGCAGUUUCCGUGGCUAUAGUCUGGACCUACAACGGCUGCUCCAACAUCACGCGGUUCAUGAACAGCGGGGUCGGAAUUUUAAUCUACACUGCGAUUGCGAUGGCGAUCCGCCUUACUUGGCGUGUAACUGCUCGACGCCGACAGCGACUCCGCGCCACCCAGCACCGGGAGGGGGAGCUCCGAAGGGACCUCGAGGAUGCCUGCUGGGACGCAUCUCCUCGGAAGGAGAAGGCCGCUCGAGACGCUCUUCGUGAAGCCGGCUGGAAGGACCCUCAGCUGAAUGACCUCACGCAGGAGAUUCUGAGGCACCAGAGCCUUGACGCCGGGGUCAGUGUGGCCUACUUGCUAUCGGACACCUGGUCCUCGAUAGCCAAGGAGCGGAGCGGCGAAGAAAACCCCAGCUUUUACGACCUGAAGGACGUCAUAUUCUUCGGCGAAGCCCCAAUUGGCAAGGACAUUCCCUGCCCCCGCGACGGCCGCAUGGGCUGUGCGCUCGUAGACACGUUGCCGCGACCCUGGCGGCGCGCCUGUACGCAUUUCCUGUCUUGGACAUGGAAAUACAACAUCGAGCAGAUAAGCAGCGCCCUGGAAAACUGGACGACCGAAUCCUACCUGGAGCCCUCGAAGACCUUCUUGUACAUGUGCUUCUUCGUGAACAACCAGUACCGUAUCCUCUACGAGUGUGACGGCGCUGGGAGUACCAACCUCGAAGAGGUCUUUGAGAGCACCUUGAAGCGAGUGGGCAAAGUGGUGGCCGUCUUUGACAAAUGGGAGAAUCCGACAUACCUCACUCGCAUCUGGACCAUCUUCGAGCAGUUCACGGCGAUAAAGCUCAACAUUCCUGUGACAAUGAUUCUGCCGAAGGAUCAGAACGAGGCUCUCAUCGUGAAGGUUCAGGAGGGCAAGCAGGGGAUCAUGCAGGUGACCCGAUCUCUCUGCAGGUUCAAGUCAGAGAAUGCCAGAGCCUUCAGCCCUGCUGACGAGGCGAAAGUGAAGGAGCAGAUUGUGAAAGAUCUGGGCUUCGAGAUGGUCGACAUCCGUGUGAAGGAGUUCAUGUUGAACUGGGUCGGCAGCGUGGUCCAUGAGUACAUGAAGAACCUCAUGGAUCUGGACGUCGCUAUGUCGCGCAUCACCACGACAGCAAGCUCCAAGCCGAGCUCCCACAGCUUGGUGGAUGAGUUGGGCCUCGUCUUCUACUAG